UGCCUUCAAAAACAAUUGAUUUCCCCAAAACACAAACAAGACACCAAAAGCAACAAGAACACUCUCAGAAGUGUAAGUAAGAAAUCUCUGAAAAUGCAAUUCAAGGCAGCAGCUGGGUUCAAUCUCUCAAGAUUUCACAGCUCUUGGACAUGGAGAUUUGUGCUGUCACAAUCAUACUCUACAAACAAAGCGACGCUGAUUAACGGCAGUUACUCCGGUGGGGGUGAUUUAAAAAAACGAAUUUUGAAGGUGGUUUCAUCGGGUGUUAACCCGACGAGGAGUGUGCUUGAGAAUUGGGUGGAUGAAGGCCGUAGAGUUUGUCUAAACGAGCUUAGGGUGAUUAUACGGCAGCUCAUGAAACGACGUCGAUUUGGACCUGCUUUGGAGAUACUUAACUGGAUGGAAACUCAACAUUGUUCUCAGAUGUCACCUUAUGAUUAUGCCAGGCGACAAGAAUUAAUUGUUAAAGAACACGGUAGAAUAGAAGCUGAAAGAUAUUUUGAGAGUUUAACAAGCACUGUUUCGCUGAAAGCUGCUUCCCCCCCUCUUCUUCAUUGUUAUGUUGAAGAAAGGUCCACUGAGAAGGCUGAAGCUUUCAUGCUAAAGAUAAACAAGUUGGGACUUGCUCUGAGCCCUCAUCCGUUUAAUGAGAUGAUGAAGCUUUAUAAGGCCACAUCUCAGUACCAGAAAGUACCAUCAGUCAUCCUGCAAAUGAAACAAAACCGAAUAACUUUAAACGUCCUCUCCUAUAAUCUCUGGAUGGACGCAUGUGGGGAGCUCUCUGGGGUUGAAUCAGCAGAGAUGGUAUACAAAGAGAUGCUGAGUAACCAAAAUGUAGAAGUGGGAUGGAGCUCUUUAGCUACAUUAGCAAAUAUUUAUAAGAAAGCAGGACUCACGGACAAGGCAGUUUUGGCCCUAAAAACUGCUGAAAAGAAAAUAUCCUUUAGUAAUCACUAUCCUUACUUCUUUCUCAUUACACAGUAUGCUUCUUUGAAGAACAAAGAUGGAGUACAUCGGGUCUGGGAUGCCUCUAAAGCAGUAAACUCCCCAAUAACUUGUGCCAACUACAUGUGUAUCUUGUCGUCUUUGGUCAAGCUUGGUGACAUGAGAGAGGCCGAAAGAACUUUUGUGGAAUGGGAGUCUCAAUGCAGGACAUAUGACAUUAGAGUCUCCAACAUACUUCUCGGUGGAUACAUGAGAAAUGGAUCAGUCGAAAAAGCUGAAUCGUUACAUUAUCGCACGUUGGAGAAAGGUGGAUGUCCAAAUUCUAAAACCUGGGAGAUAUUGGUGGAGGGAUGGAUAAGAAGUCAACAAAUGGAUAAAGCUAUCGAUGCCUUGAAAAGUGGUCUUGCUGCUCUAAAACAUUAUGAAUGGAGGCCAUCACCAAGUAUUGUUGUCGCAAUUUCAGAAUAUUUCGAAGAAACUAGAAAUUUUGAGAAGGCUAUGGAGUUUCUUACAACUCUUAGACAUUUUGGUCCUGCUAAUUUGCAAGUGUACAAGUCAUUGCUUAGAAUGCAAAUCUCAAGAGAAGAAGUCCACUGUACAUCCUUGAAAUGAUGCAGAAUGAUGGAAUUGACGUGGAUGAUGAGACCUCUGCCAUCUAUUCAGGCGUUUUGCAUUGUUGAGAACUGAAAAUCCAUAGUGGUACUUUAAUUGUGCUUUAUAUACAUGGGCAGAAGAUGGGUUAGAAUGUCGAGCAUGUUGAACAAAUUUUUGUCACUUGGUGCUAACUCUGAGUCUGCGGCUUGAAAUAUGAAGAGCACAGUGGAUGUGAUUUCUUGGGACUGCAUCCUGCAGCGACUAAAAGUUGAAGGAACUCGUAUCCUUAAAAAGUAACUCAAAUGUUGCAUGGCAUAUUGACAGUCAGGCACUCGUCCUUUAUCACGAAUGGGAGCAGCUUCGAGGACAUUCUGAAACCAUGAAACAAGUGAAGGCAUUUCCUCAGCAUCAAUAAGUUUGAUAUCCACAAUCUCCUC